UGCCAGACGUCAUCAGUACGCGCCUCGCCCCAGCGGGGUUGUUUCCGCCCGGCGCUGCGGGAGCGGUGUCGCUGGCGGCACGGGCGCUGCUCGUCCCCUUCCCUCUCCCCUUCCCCCCCCUCCAGCACCAGCACUACCACCGGUACCAUCAUGUCGGAGAGUGCGGAGGGUUCUGCGGGGGGUCAGAGCCCCCCCGACUCACCCAGCCGGGGCUCCGGGGAGCCGCGUAUCAUCAAAGUGACGGUGAAGACUCCCAAAGACAAAGAAGAGUUUGCCGUGUCCGAAAGCAGCAGCAUUCGGCAGUUCAAGGAAGAAAUAUCUAAGCGUUUCAAGUCCCACACUGAUCAGCUUGUGUUGAUAUUUGCUGGAAAAAUUUUAAAGGAUCAAGAUACUUUGACUCAGCAUGGAAUUCAUGAUGGACUCACUGUUCACCUUGUUAUCAAAACACAAAACAGAUCACAAGACCACCCAGUUCAGCAGGCAAACACCACUGGGAAUACUGCUGCUACAUCAACAUCAAGCAGUAGUACCUCAACACCAGGAUCAACAGAUAGUAACCCUUUUGGCUUGGGUGGCCUUGGAGGUUUGGCAGGUCUCAGUAGCCUGGGCUUAAAUACAUCAAACUUUUCAGAGUUGCAAAGUCAGAUGCAACGGCAACUUAUGUCCAACCCAGAAAUGAUGGUUCAAAUAAUGGAAAAUCCGUUUGUUCAGAGCAUGCUUUCAAAUCCUGACCUGAUGAGGCAGUUAAUUAUGGCUAAUCCUCAAAUGCAGCAGCUGAUACAGAGAAAUCCAGAAAUCAGUCACAUGCUGAAUAAUCCAGAUAUAAUGAGACAGACACUAGAACUUGCUAGAAACCCUGCAAUGAUGCAGGAAAUGAUGCGCAACCAAGACCGAGCCUUGAGCAACCUUGAAAGUAUACCAGGGGGAUACAAUGCCUUGCGACGUAUGUAUACAGAUAUUCAGGAGCCAAUGUUGAAUGCAGCACAGGAACAGUUUGGAGGUAACCCAUUUGCUUCUCUAGUAAGCAAUGCAUCAACAGGAGGGGAGAAUCAGCCAUCUCGUACUGAAAAUAGAGAUCCUCUACCAAAUCCAUGGGCUCCUCAGUCCAGCUCACAGCCUUCUGUGACCAGCAGCACCAGUAGUGAGAGCAAUGGGAAUAGUAACAACACCUCCGGCAGCACAGGACAAAGCUCAACUGUACCAAAUUUGGGACCCGGAGUUGGAGCUGGUAUGUUCAACACACCAGGAAUGCAGAGUUUAUUGCAGCAGAUAACAGAAAACCCACAACUUAUGCAGAAUAUGUUGUCUGCACCCUACAUGAGAAGCAUGAUGCAGUCAUUAAGCCAGAAUCCUGAUCUUGCAGUACAGAUGAUGCUGAAUAACCCUCUAUUUGCUGGAAAUCCUCAGCUUCAGGAGCAAAUGAGACAACAACUUCCUACUUUCCUUCAGCAAAUGCAGAAUCCUGACACGUUAUCAGCUAUGUCAAAUCCUAGAGCAAUGCAGGCUUUGCUGCAAAUUCAGCAAGGCUUGCAGACACUAGCAACAGAAGCACCGGGGCUUAUACCAGGAUUCAGUGCUGGUUUAGGUGGAUUAGGAAGCACUGGAGCUCCUCCAGGGUCCACUGUACCUACUUCUGUUCCCAGUGAAAAUACAAGUCCAGCUUCAGGAACUGCUGAACCUGGUCACCAGCAGUUUGUCCAGCAAAUGUUGCAGGCACUUGCUGGUGCAAAUGCUCAGCAGCUACAAAACCCUGAAGUUAGAUUUCGGCAGCAGCUGGAGCAGCUGAGUGCAAUGGGCUUUCUGAACCGUGAAGCAAACCUGCAAGCGCUAAUAGCAACUGGAGGAGACAUCAAUGCAGCCAUUGAAAGGCUGCUUGGCUCUCAGCCUUCAUAGCAGUGUUUCUUUAACUUGAAAAAAUGUAAUUUAUUUUUGAUAAUAGCUCUUUAAAUCUUUAAAAUAUUUGGUUUAUUUCAUUCUGAUUCUUGGAAUUGUCUUAACAAAAGUUGGUCUGAUGCAUUUUAAAGGUGAAGUGCAGUAGCUUUCUUUAAACAGUGGGACUCAAUGCAUUUUCACUCUGUUGCAUGCAUCACGCUUCUUUUGUUCUGCAUUAUUUGUGAUUUGUUUUUUUUUCCCAAUAUUGGGUAUUGCAGUUGGGUGAACAGGUUUUGUCUGACCUAAAAUUGUCCAGUUCAUUUACUACUUAAACAUUAGCCUUCAGUAGUAAUCUAUGUAGAAUACAAAUUAAAAAGGAAACAAUUUAAUUGAAGCUACAAUCCGUGGGUACCAAUACUGCUUAUUGUGAUUCAGGCAUGGUUUUCUUUUUUUCUUGCUAGCAAAAUGCUGUAAGAUUUAUACCACUUAAGUAAUUUACUGUUUUUUCCUUUAAUUUGUAUCACGUAUAAACAGUAUGUUACAAUGCAAACAGCUCAUUUCUAGAGAUUUACACAUUGCAAACGAAGGGGAUUAUAAGUAAUAAAUAAAUAAAUAAAAAUUUAAAAAAAAAAAAAAAAAGGACCUGUUUUUGCUGUAGAAUCUUCCAGCAUUUUUGGUAACUGUCUCAA